UGGCGACGACAAUCGCAUGUAUGCCGAAGCUACCCAGCUCAUUCCUGGUGCCAACAUGCACACUGAGAGGAGAAUGGAAAAGAAGAGAAUGGAGGCGUAUCCUCGCAAGAAGGUGCACUCCAGCAACAACCAGCAGCACCGAAUCAGUAAGCCGGAGCGUUCCUUCUUCUGCUCGCACCAUGGUAAGAAUACUACACAUGAGUCGAGCAAAUGCUUCACCCUGGCCAACAACAAGGCCAAAGUAGCUGCCCCCACCAAGCGCAACCCCUGCAGGCGGUGUGGAGAAAACUACUUCCGUGGCCACGUCUGUAAGGACAGUGAGCCAGUCCUGAUGGUCUCGCAGGUCCCUGCCAAGGAGAAGUCUGAGCAAGUGCUCAAGGCGAUCCAAGACAGUGUCGACUUGGAACUCGAAGACAUGUCUUUCGACUGUAAAGAACCACAAACUACUUGGAAUGAUUGACACUGGCAGUGCACGCACUUUCAUUAGUUUACAAUGUUUGAAUGAAAAUUUAAAUAUAAAUAAAAUAAAUUCAUCAAAUGGUUCCUUC